GAAGGGGGCAAAGAAUGCUUGGGCUUGGCGAUGGCUAUGGCGACGAAGAUGACGCGCGCGUGGGUUUGGAUCGCUGUCGCAGCGAUGCUCCUUGCAUGCCGUGUGGGUGAGGCGAGUCGAUUUGGUAGGGAUAGGAGGAUCGAAUUUGGGGGCGGCAAGCGCGUGUCCUCGCUGGUGGGCGGCUGGAGCGCGAUCGAUCCCAAGGACCCCAAUGUCGUCACGCUUGCGAAAUUUGCAGUCCACGAGCACAACAAGAAGCUGAGUGGCCAUGGGACGCUCUUGUACUCCAAACUGGUGGAAGCGAAGAGCCAAGUAGUGUCCGGAGUGAUGUAUCUCCUCACGGUCGAGGCGACGGAUAGCAAGAACAGUGUUUGCAGCUACGAGGCCAAAGUUUGGGUGAAAGAGUGGGAGAACUUCCGGAGAUUGAUGUCGUUUGAUCCAGUGACUAAAUCUUAGGCAGCACUAGCGGCGGCAAAGAUGGAAAAAAAUAACUCAAAAACAGGUUCUCCAGUUCUAAGUUUUUGUUCUAAUCCAGAGAAUUGUUGCUCGGUGUUCCUUCGCGGCCAUUUCACGGGCAUUAAAUAAAAACAUUGGCAGUUUCCCGGGA